AUGUACAAAACCAAGCUAACCGUCUUUGCACUCUUCUGCGACUACUGCGACGUCUACCUAACGCACGACUCCAUGAGCGUGCGCAAAGCACACAAUGCAGGACGAAAUCACAUCCGUAACGUGGUCGAUUAUUACCAACAAAUCGGACAUGAAAAAGCACAAUCCGUAAUCGAUUCAAUCACAUCUUCAUACGCGGCGGAGGGACAAGCCAAUCCGUUACUACAACAUCCUGGUGCGCCGGGGUCGUUUCCGCCACCGCCGUUUGGGGUUCCUGGACGACCAGGUCAACUGCCGCCUCCACCAUUCGGAAUUCCGCCUCCAGGGGCUCCGGGUGGAUUACCACCACCAGGAGGCCGCGGCAUGCCCCCCUUCCAACCCCCCUUCCCUAUCCCCGGCGCCCCCGGCGGUGCUGGUGGUCUUCCUCCAUCAUUACCAGCAGGCAUGCCCCCUUUACCAGGCAACCUACCCUUCCCACCACCGGGCGGUCUCCCGGCAAAUUUCCAGCCUCCUCCAGGCUUUCCUGGUGCAAGUUUCCCUCCUGGAGGUCCUGGCGGUCCCCCUGGUGGUGGACAUGGGCCUGGAUCGAGUAUAUCGCCUCCUCCUGGCGCAGGGGGAUUCCCGCCUGGGCCGCCGGGUGGCGGGUAUCGACCUCCUGGGAUGGAUCGAUGA